UUCUUUUCUUGACAUUUGUCUUUUCUUACAUUAUCAAUUAUGGCUGCCAAUCUUCCUGAUUUCAUGACUGACCCCAAUGCUGUCCUUAAUGACAAGAAUCAUGAAUGGCGUUACAACCGCGUCCCUGACUAUAAAAAGGUCAAUACUACUUAUGAAGAAGAAAAAACCCGCAUUCAUCCUGAAGGCUCUCUUGAAUGGCUUGUUUCUAACUUGGUCAAGAACUGGGAAAAGGAGAUGUCCUACAAGCUUCGUGCUGAUCAAAUCCGUACUAUCAACAAAGAUAAGUACCGUUUCAAUGUCAAUGGCAAGAAAUGGCAAAACAUCGAUGAAAUGCUCCAGGUUGGUACUUACAACGCUUUGAUUGGUGACACAGAAUUGUACAAAGCAAGUGAAUUAGAUUUUAGUGAAUCUCACAAACUUUUCAAGAGAGCACUUCGCACUUUCUCUUGGGAAGUUAUUGAAGUCUACAGUGGUCCCCCAACUGUUGCUUUCAAGUGGAGACAUUGGGGUUUACAUACUGGCGAUUUAUCUGUCAAGACUGGCCAUGGUACUAAACUCGAGGCUUAUGCUACCAAUGAAGUGAUUGAAGUUUUUGGCGUAACAGUUGCAAAGGUCAAUGAAAAGUUUGAGAUCGAAGAACUUCAAACAUUUUACGAUCCUACUGACAUGUUAAGACAAAUGGCUAAGAACAGAAAGGAAGGUUCUGUUAAUCCUAAUGAACUCGCCGCUGUUCCUUCUGGAAAGUGUCCUUUUGCUCCUCAAUAAACCUACAUCUAGAGAGAAAUAAUAAAGAUAGAGCUACCUUGUUUGGGUAGUUUCUCAUGAUAUUGUACCAUAUAGAAUACAUGUAAGAUAAU